GCGGCGAAACCGGUGUGGUGAAACGGCGAAGAGGACGUACGGGGUAUAUAGGGCCUUGACGUACGGGUGGAGAUCAGACUAAGUUACACAAAAAUGGCAGAAGCAGCUCAAGAGCGGGUGCAGACAUCGAUGACCAGCAUGGUUGAUGACAUAGAUAAGAGCUAUCUAAGAAAGAUGCAGGGUGACAUGCAUCGCUGCGCUGCUCGCUGCUGCGAUGAUCCCAGCUCUUCAAUUGAUAAGGUGCAUGGUUGCAUCGAACAGUGCUCCAUUCCGCUGCAGAAGGCGCAACACUUCGUCCAGACACAAAUGAGUGACAUUCAAGAGCGUCUUCAGCGGUGCGUAAUGCAGUGCCAAGAUAAAAUCAAAGACAAAGUUGGCCCGAAUACUACAGAAGCGGAGGUCCAGGGCUACAAGGUCGAGUUCGAGGAGUGCGCAGUCAAAUGUGUCGACGACAGCAUAGCAACAUUCCCGAACCACGCGCGGCGAAUCAAGGACCAUCUACACAAACGAGCCUUUUAGCGACGCACUGCCGCUGUUAGUACCUGUUAUUGGUUGUCAAUCAAUAUAUGAAUGAUGCUGAUAUUAGAGCACGUGAUGCGAUCAUGAGAAGGCCAUCGUGGGGCGCCGCCGCGUGCCGUACACACGCGGACGGCCGCCCGCCAAGCCGUGUGACUGACGAGAGGAGCGAUUGGAUAGGGUGUGCGGACGGUCUGUCGGUCUGUGCGCCGGGGUCAGCCGGUGGACGCCAGUGGGCAGCUCAGUUUGUCCGGGACCACGACUGCCAAAAGCCGUCACGGCCGCCGGCGGAGCUCAGGAAUGUGUCGCGCCUCUGUGACGCCAGCCGUGUGUGUGUAUUUCUGUGGCCAACCGGAGGACUGAAUGGCGCACGCUGCAGGGAAUAAACAAGGCCAUUGCGCUGCUGACACUGCC